GCCUAGCAACGUACACAUAGCUUUAGGUAUGAUCCACGGAGUAUUAAGAGUGGUAUGAGCGAUGACCCGGGUAUACUGUGCUUCCAACAUUGUCAGAAAAAUGAAAAAGUGUUUUCUUUCGUCUUACCUGGUGUAUGCUGUUUUUGUCAAGAAGAUCUAGCUAAUUCAGAGCUACGUGUACCUCCUUUUCGAAUUCCUUAUCCUUUUUGCGAUGCCAAACGAAUGCCAAAUACGAUUGUUAUUAAACCUUCGAAUGGCGAUUUUCUCAAUAACUAUGUAAAUUCAUCGAGUUUGCAUAUUGGAGUGACAGAUUCAUCAGGAAAUGUUUUUGAAUAUGAUAGUCAUGGCUUAACUAAAAGUAAUGGAGAAAACUGGAAGCAGUGCCUUUGUAUUGAAAUUCUCCGGCGAGAUCAUUUGCGAUCUUACUGGGACAAAGUUUUAAAUGAAGUUUUUCAACAAGAGUGCUGGACUGCAGAUAGGUAUAAUGCAGAUGAUCAUAAUUGUUACUCAUUUGUGUUGACAUUCUUGAAAUCACUGCAGUUUCAUGAAUUGUAUCCAUAUAUUGUUGAUAAAACUACUUUUUGCCAGCAUUUUGUUGCACCCCAGGCACGGGUUGCUGCAAAAUACAUAAGUCUGUUUCGACAGCUAAAAAGGGAACCUUUUAUCAUUCAGUGAUAUUUUGUAUUAUAAAUGUAUUGUAAAAAUAAAAAUAUUUUUAUAUCUUUCAUUCCUA